UUGAUAAAGAUAGAGAAGAAACACAGCAAAACCCUAACUAACUCUAUAUAAAUCAAAGACCUUCCCUUCACUUAUUCGUCGCCGUCUUCAAAAACACUCGUGAGCUUUCCUCCUCCUUCGAGAUCUCCAUCAACUUCUUCUAAAAUGAAGGUUGUCGCCGCGUACCUGCUCGCUGCUUUGAGCGGAAAAGCUUCCCCGACCAGUGCCGAUGUCAAGAGUAUCCUCGGAUCUGUUGGUUGUGAAUCUGAAGACUCUCAGAUUGAGCUUUUGUUGAAGGAAGUGAACGGGAAAGACUUGUGCGAACUGAUCGCUGCUGGUAGGGAGAAGUUGGCUUCUGUUCCAAGCGGUGGUGGUGGUGUUGCCAUGGCCUCUGCUCCAUCAGCCGGUGGUGGAGGAGGUGCUGCUCCUGCGGCUGAGGCCAAGAAGGAAGAGAAGAAAGAAGAGAAGGAAGAAUCCGAUGAUGACAUGGGUUUCAGUCUUUUCGAGUAAUGCUUGUCCGCAUUCUGUUUUUGUCGUCUUUUUCAGUUUGUGUUAAACCCUUUGGAACCUCUAUGUUGUUUUUUCUUAGUUUGUACCAGAUGGCUAUCUUUUUGAUAUUCCUGCAACUCUCAAGAGAUUUUUUUAGUUUAAAUCAUAAUCUGUUCUUCAAA